GGUACACACGCGCAUGUGUGUAAUAUGAGAGCCGUCCCAUGGUCUGAUCACAUGAUCAGACAACUCAUGAUGACGUCAGGGAGUACAUUUACAGAAGUGAAGGGGCUCUAGCCGCUACUAUACUUUACAGUGUGUGAUACUGAUGUUGAAGACCACAAGUAGGACGAAUUGCAUGGGUUAUUCAUGCCUCACUUCCAAAUUCUACAUAGUUGGAUCCACCUGUUGAGAUUUCAAACAAAUGUAUACCUGUGAAAUUAUAAAAAAUAAAGAGAAGAUACAUAUAUAGCGGGGGUAUUAAACUCAAAAUGAAAACAUUGCAGUCCGUAGUGGAUGCUGGGACUCCGUAAGGACCAUGGGGAAUAGCGGCUCCGCAGGAGACUGGGCACAACUAAAGAAAGCUUUAGGACUACCUGGUGUGCACUGGCUACUCCCACUAUGACCCUCCUCCAGACCUCAGUUAGGAUACUGUGCCGGAAGAGCGUACACAAUAAGGAAGGAUUUUGAAUCCCGGGGUUCACUCGGGAUGGAGAACAAAGGAUUUUGCCGUUCCAGCCUCAACAGUUUUCACAGUAGUACGAGUGAUGAAGACAUGGUGGAGAUUACAGAAGCAACCCUGGAUUUUGCAAUGUCUGAUGAUGUUCCCCCUCUUGACAGAGAUUCAAUGGAAGGCUUUGCUUCUUAUAAUGGGAAUGGGUUACAUGGCACAUACACGGUGAUGGAUUUCCUGGAGGUUCCAGGUGUAGGGACUUAUGAAGACUUUAACACUAUUGACUGGGUACGAGAGAAAUCCAGAGACAGAGACAGGCAUAGAGAGAUCCUAAGUAAGAGUAAAGAAUCAACAUGGGCCCUUUUGAACAGUGUCAGUGAUGCCUUUUCUGGAUGGCUGUUAAUGCUAUUGAUUGGCCUUUCAGCAGGUGCCAUAGCUGGCCUGAUUGACAUUUCCUCUCACUGGAUGACAGACCUAAAGGAAGGUUUUUGUGUACCGUGGUUUUGGUUUAACCAUGAGCAGUGCUGUUGGAAGUCUAAUAAUGUGACGUUUGAGGACCGAAAUAAUUGUCCAGAGUGGAGAAGCUGGUCUCAACUAAUAACUGGCCAAACUGAGGGUGCGCUUCCCUAUAUACUGAAUUACAUCAUGUAUGUUCUAUGGGCUCUUCUUUUCUCCCUCCUUGCCGUCUUGUUAGUCCGCAACUUUGCCCCAUACGCCUGUGGCUCUGGUAUCCCUGAGAUUAAGACCAUCUUGAGUGGUUUUAUUAUACGUGGAUACCUAGGCAAAUGGACAUUGCUUGUCAAGUCUAUGACACUGGUGCUGGCUGUGUCUUCUGGCCUCAGUCUGGGAAAGGAAGGACCUCUGAUUCACGUGGCUUGCUGCUGUGGUAAUAUCCUGUGUCAUCUUUUCACAAAAUACCGCAAAAAUGAGGUCAAAAGGAGAGAGGUGCUGUCUGCCGCAGCUGCUGCUGGAGUAUCGGUCGCUUUUGGUGCUCCCAUUGGAGGAGUGCUCUUUAGUCUGGAGGAGGUGAGUUAUUACUUCCCGCUGAAGACUCUGUGGAGGUCAUUCUUUGCUGCGUUAGUAGCAGCUUUCACAUUACGCUCCAUUAAUCCUUUUGGGAACAGUCGGUUGGUUCUCUUCUACGUUGAGUUUCAUACUCCUUGGCAUUUACUGGAGCUCAUCCCAUUCAUCCUCCUGGGAAUUUUUGGAGGCUUAUGGGGAGCGUUCUUCAUUAAAGGAAAUAUUGCUUGGUGCCAUAGAAGGAAGACUACUAAGCUGGGACGCUAUCCUGUGGUAGAGGUUCUGGUGGUCACUGCUAUCACAGCAAUUAUAGCUUUUCCCAAUGACUACACUCGAACAAGCUCUAGUGAACUGAUCUCUGAACUGUUCAAUGAUUGUGGGCUGCUGGAUUCUUCCAAACUUUGUGAUUACAAUAAUGAUUUCAACAGUACAAAUGUGGACCACCUCCCUGACCGUUCAGCUCGCAGCGGGGUCUACACUGCAUUGUGGCAGCUGUCCUUGGCGUUGAUCUUUAAAGCUGUUAUUACCAUCUUCACGUUUGGUAUGAAGGUACCUUCUGGACUCUUCAUCCCAAGCAUGGCUGUAGGUGCCAUAAUGGGAAGACUCAUGGGAGUGACCAUGGAGCAACUGGCAUUCAACCACCACAACUGGCCCAUCUUCAAAGGGUGGUGUACACAGGGGGCCGACUGCAUUACUCCUGGUCUUUAUGCUAUGGUAGGAGCAGCUGCUUGCUUAGGUGGAGCUACUCGCAUGACAGUCUCGCUUGUAGUCAUCAUGUUUGAGUUAACUGGUGGACUAGAAUACAUUGUGCCAUUAAUGGCUGCAGCCAUGACCAGCAAGUGGGUGGCAGAUGCCUUGGGAAGAGGAAGCAUUUAUGAUGCCCACAUACACCUAAAUGGGUACCCUUUCCUAGAAGCCAAAGAAGAGUUUAGCCAUAAAACUCUUGCUAUGGACGUCAUGCACCCAAGACGUAAUGACCCCACGCUUACAGUCAUCACUCAGGACAGUAUGACAGUAACCGAUAUUGAGGCAGCAAUUAAUGAUACGACGUAUAGUGGCUUUCCUGUUGUAGUUUCUCGGGAGUCUCAGAGACUUGUGGGCUUUGUGCAAAGGCGAGACCUGAUCAUCUCCAUUGAGAGUGCCAGGAAGAAACAGGAAGGUGUAGUGAGCGCUUCCAGGAUAUAUUUCACAGAGCACACCCCCCCACAGCCACCUACAUCACCGCCCAGCCUAAAACUCCGCACCAUUAUGGACCUCAGUCCUUUCACAAUCACUGACCAGACACCAAUGGAAAUCGUGGUGGACAUUUUCCGCAAACUUGGAUUGCGCCAAUGCUUGGUGACACAUAACGGGAGAUUGUUGGGCAUUAUAACAAAGAAGGACGUCCUCAAACACAUAGCGCAGAUGGCCAACCAAGAUCCAGAUUCUAUAUUAUUUAACUGAACAUUUAAUUGCGUAUUCUAAACUGUAAAUCCUGUGAAGCCAUAACUUUAUGGUGUAUCUUACACCUUCAGACUGUGAAGAGACAUGUCUUGCUUCAUGUAUUGGAGCUACUGGCACUUUAUUUUGGCUGAUCUGCUGAAAUGUUGGCAGAAUAUAUGUGCAGGUCCCUACGGAGGUCAUCACCUCCCCUGUUAUGCAUUGACUGAUAUCUGUGCUCUUUUGCUGCAGUAUUUGUGGGUCUGCCUUCUUAGCUGAUACACCUAAUAAAGAGGCAACUUGUUUGGACAAAGCUGUAAAGUCUUAACCGCAAAUGGUAUUUUUACAGACAAUAAACCUUUAAUUAAAAUGAACAA